CGCAGACUCAGACGACAACUCUCCCGGCAGAGCAAGAUGGUGGCCAUUAAGAUGCAGUCGUGUGUGUUUUCAGUAUUACUUUUAAGUGUAUAUUACAGCGCCGUUUCCGCACUGUACUUUCACAUAGGGGAGACCGAGAAGAAAUGCUUUAUAGAGGAAAUUCCAGACGAAACAAUGAUUAUUGGAAACUACAGAACCCAGCUGUAUGACAAGCAGAAGGAGGAGUACCUGCCUGCCACUCAGGGCCUGGGGAUGUUCGUGGAGGUCAAAGACCCCGAUGAGAAGGUGAUCCUGUCGCGUCAGUACGGCUCCGAGGGACGCUUCACCUUCACGUCGCACACUCCUGGAGAGCACCAGAUCUGCCUGCACUCCAACUCCUCCAAGUUCGCCCUGUUUGCAGGAGGCAUGCUGCGGGUGCAUCUCGACAUCCAGGUGGGCGAACACACCAACAACUACGCUGAGAUCGCUGCCAAGGACAAGCUGACGGAACUGCAGCUCCGCGUCCGACAGCUGGUAGAGCAGGUGGAUCAGAUCCAGAAGGAGCAGAACUACCAAAGGUACCGGGAGGAGCGCUUCAGGCAGACGAGUGAGAGUACCAACCAGCGGGUGCUGUGGUGGUCCAUCGUCCAGACCCUCAUCCUGGUGGCCAUCGGCUUCUGGCAGAUGAGGCAUCUCAAGAGCUUCUUCGAGGCCAAGAAGCUGGUGUAAAUGCUCUGGUCCUGGGGACAGCGGUGGCUGUGAAGUUGUUUAUGAUCCUGAACAUGUGUGUGGGGGUGUGUGUGUGUGUGUGUGUGUGUGUGCGCGCUUUUUUGUUAAGUGGGUGAAGUGAACGAUUUCAGUACUGAUGGCCUCCCACCCCCCCCCCCCUCUGAACCACACACACACACACACACACACACACACACACACACACACACACACACACACACACACUCGGAUGCUGGAGAUGAAGGGUGAAUAGUUGGCAACUACACGGACAAAUCCAUCUCUGCGGUUUGGUUGGCUUUAGGGGGUCUUGUCAUAGACUACGUUGUCUUUGUUUUUGUUUUCCUUACCGUCCUGACUGUUAAGAUGUCCCUCAUGUUUUUGACCAACCGGGUAGAGGCUUUUCUUUAUUUAUUUAACUAUUUUUAUCAACCCGCAGCCCUUAAAAUAAUGCUCUGCUGUCUUGGAUUUGGACAAUCUAAAUUCCACAUAUAAAAUUUUUUUCUGGAUGGGCACAAACCCCAGCUUGUGCAUUACAUAUUUCUUUUUUCUUCUUUUUGACACAAACUAUAAUUUUUCAACACUGGGUUUUAAAGCCAACCGACCUACCAGGGUACUCUACCCAUUUAAAACACAUUAAGCAUUCAUUUGUUUUUCUUUUCCACUACUCUUUUCGUAGUUGAUUACAUGUCCUGUUACUGGCCAAUAGAGAUCCCCCAUGCUCUGGAGGGAAGACAUGGAGCCGGGUUGGUCCCCGUCAGGUGGGAGUCUUUGGCAAAUGCAAUUGGUUUCCCCAAUAAUAGCUACAGAAACAUGGGUGCAAUUUGUAUCUACUGCAACUGUUUCUGGUGUUCACUGAUCGUAGUUCAGAAUUAUAUUACUGAUAUUGCUAUCGCACAGAACAUUCUGUAUUGAAGAGGUGGGGGGAAAUGCAGAUCAUAAUACCUACGGGUAUUUGAUCUAACCUGAAAUGGGUUUUAUUUGUUUUAUCCUUCAUUUAUUAAUUUGGUAAAUUAGGAAACUCCAGUGUGAGUGUUUUCAGCACUGCGGUCAGGAACCUAUUAAAACAUCUUCCAACUGUCACUUGAAGCUGAAUUUCCACUGACUUUGUGUUGGACUGCAUAUGCCGGUUGCAUUUAUUGAAUAAACCCAUCUCGCUGAAAGACCACCUGAUGAUGAGGAUAAAUAUUUUUAAGUUGUAUGUUAUGUCAGCCUUGCGUUAUCUGGCCAUAAUUGAAUGUGUGUUUCUAACUGUCUAGGCGUGGGCUUUCCUGGGUUCUUGGAAUCAUCUAAACUAUCCUAGAUUAAUUUACUGAUCAGAAUGUUGUUUUUUUUAUUCAUGAGUCUACUAAUAAAAAACAAAGUUAAUUAAA